AUGGCCGAGUCUGAGCAGGACACAUUUACCGUGGACGAAGAUCUCGUACAAAGCCCAACGCUCUCGACCCCUUCAACAAGUGCGCAUGACUUCGAUGGACUGAUCGAGACAAAGUUGAUACUCCACCAAGACCUGAAAAGUGGAAAUGGUGGUAGAGUGUGGCAGGCUGGAGAGAUACUCACAAAGUGGCUCCUACGUACAAAACGCGAGACGCUCCGUAAGGCUUCUAUCGUAGAGUUGGGCUCCGGGGUGGGAUUCUGUGGGCUGGCCAUAGCCGUGGGGUGCCAACCCGAAAACGCCAUUUACAUCACCGAUCAACAAACAAUGAUUCCUCUGAUGCAGCGCAACAUAGAUCUCAACAACCUGGGAGACAAGGUGAAAGCUUGCGUUUACAACUGGGGCGAGCAACCCGAUAGCGAGCUCCCUUCGCCGCCGGACGUAGUCCUUGCUGCGGAUUGUGUAUAUUUUGAGCCGGCGUUCCCUCUCCUGCAACAGACACUGCGAGAUUUGAUUGGCCCAUCGACAGUGUGCUACUUCUGUUUCAAGCGGCGGAGAAGAGCCGAUAUGCACUUUCUCAAGGCCAUCAAGAAGCAGUUCCAAGUGGAGGAUGUGAAAGACGACCCAGAUCAGCCGAGUUACGCUCGCGAAAACAUCUACUUGUUCACAAUCCGGCGUAAGCCUGAACGCUGA